GGUUUGAAAAAAAGAUUGUGGCAUGAUUCGCUGACAGUCCGAAUGACGAAUGCAGUUUCUUCUGAACUCGUACCGUAUGGUACUACGAAGUACGAAAUAUCGGAGGACACCAGCUAGUGCCGUACGGUGCCUGCAGGUGAAAAUCCUUCAUGCCGUUGUAACACAAGCUUCCGUCCUUCCAAGCCCCAACGCAAGGUAGGAUCAGUGUGGUCAUAGAAACGGUGCCGUUCAAGCACUGUACAGUAUUUAAUUUGCAAGACGAGCAUAGACUUUUUCCGAUAGCUCACGAAAAAGGAGAUAACGCAUUCAUUUGAAACUUGGGAGAGAAGAUAGGGCGCGUCGAUUCGAUUGAGCUCCACUUCCGACCAACCUCGCGAAACUAUUGAACACAAAGAUUGAUUCAAAUACUGACUUUCCAAACGUUUUCAUCGGCAGGAAACGAUCGCAACUUACGUCAAUCAUUCCGCCAUAAGAACUCGCCACCUGUCAGACAUAAAAGCAGCACGAUACUGCAACAAACGCCAUCCAACUACGAUCGAUAUCUUCCAAUUUUUAAAUACAAUCAGUAAGGGUAAUCAUGACCGGUAUCCAGAGCAGCAGCAGCAGUGUGCUGAUCUUGUUUGUCUUGGGAUUUGCUAGCCUGGAUUGUACAAUUGUGUCUUCCUUUGUGCUUCCUUCCACCAAUACACGAAGCACUAUAAUACGGCAAACUGCGAGUGUUGGUACACGCAGUGUCAGCACCUCCCGUGUGCGCAGCAACAAUCUCCUUCUGCGCAUGUCCGAAGAUGACGACGACGACGACAUGAGCUGGCUCCAGGGGCCGCCGGAGGGAAUACCCGAGAUGGAAACCAUCGAAUGUGACGUCGCAAUCAUUGGAGGUGGCCCUGCGGGAUGUACCUGCGCACUCUAUACCAGUCGUGCCGAUCUCAGCACGGUCAUUCUCGAUAAGAACGAGGCCGUCGGUGCACUGGCGAUCACAUCCCAUAUCGCUAACUAUCCGGGAGUCGAUCGUUCCAUGUCUGGAAUCGAACUUCUCCGCCAGAUGAAAAAGCAAGCCGUUGAGUACGGGACACGGAUCUGCGAUCGGGCUCAGGUUUUUAUGAUCGAGAUCCAGGACGACGGAGGCGACGACGAAAAUGGUUCGAAGAGCAAUCCCUACAAUAAGAUUGUUUAUACCCCCGAUUACACUGUCAAAGCCCGAUCCCUGGUGCUUGCCACAGGUGCCAUGGGACGAUCCAUGCCGUACCUUCCGGGAGAGGAAAAAUACCUGGGACAGGGAGUAAGCUACUGUGCCACUUGUGACGGUGCCUUCUACCGCGGCAGCGAGGUAGCCGUAUUUGGAUCCACGGGAGAAGCAAUGGAAGAGGCCAUGUUUCUCACAAAAUUUGCUUCGACGGUCCACUGGAUUACACCCACCGACGUAGUAGGGUAUCUGGACCGACUCGACGCGGGCGGUUUUCAGAACGUUGAGAUGAAUUCCAUGUUCGACGAGGCCAUUCUUAGGGAGCUUCUUAGUAAACCCAACGUCAAACACCACAACAAAGCUCGCCUCCGGGAGGUCGAGGGAGAUGUCUCAGGCGUGACAGGAGUCAACGUCCAAUUGAUCGGAUCGGGAGAGGAAUUUACCAUCCCCGUCGAGGGCGCCUUUAUCUAUGGUGCAGGUGGUGGCUCCAAGCCCAUCACGGAUUUUUUGAGUGGUUCCGGGGUCGCUCUGGACGAAGCCGGGGGGGUUGUCACGGAGGAUACGAUGGAAUCGACUUCGCACAAGGGGAUUUUCGCCAUUGGGGACAUACGGAACACACCAUACAAGCAGGUAGUGGUGGCAGCCUCUGAUGGAUGCGUCGCCGCCAUGAGCAUCGAAAAAUUCCUCAAAGGACGAAAGAUCAUCAAGGUCGACUGGGUUCACAAAUAAAUAAAAAUGAUGUAAAGCAAAAUAAGAGAAAUUCAAUCCAGUCACAAAGCAAUUGAUACUAAGACAAUCCUAUUUGCGAAACAUUCGUGGAACAAUGGUAUCAUCGAUGAAGUGUUUCAUUAUUGAAAAAAAUAGUGAACGAAUAUGUUCCUAUUGGGUUUUCACUUGAAUGCAAUGGAAAGUUGUGCAAAAGACCAGUCGUAGACAGAAUAAUUUGAAGAUGUAUCU